AUGAUGCAGACUUUUGCACCUGCUGGCCCCUCAAUUCACCAUGCUAUUGCCAACGAGGCUUGGAAGGACAUGAUCACAGCCACACAACCCAGCACGAUCGCACAGAAAGAAUUUUCUACCAUGUUCGGCAGAGUAAAGAGGUCAAAGGCUGCCUGCGCUUGUGCUGCCACAAAAAAGGCACAUCCAGGAGAACAAGGACAUCCUGGAAGAAAUGGAAUAGAAUUCACCAACAAACAAUCCGCAAGCGGCUGCAUCAAAUGUCCAGCAGGGCCUCGCGGACCACCUGGACGCGACGGUUCCGCAGGGAAACCUGGCCCAGAUGGACAGUCUGGAAAGCAGGGAAUGGCUGGAGACGAUGGAGAAUCUGGACCUGUCGGACCACAAGGAGAUGCAGGGACACCGGGAACUCCUGGUGUCCCUGGACAUCCUGGAACUCCGGGGAAAAACAAAAAGCGCGGCCGCGGAACACGAGGACCGCCUGGCAUGCCCGGAUCUCAGGGUGCUACUGGCCGCCCAGGAAAGAGGGGUGAAGACGCUGCACAAGGAAAGCCUGGUCCGCAAGGUGAGCCAGGUCUUGCUGGCAGGAAUGGGCUCGAUGGUAUGCCUGCUAAGCCUGGUUCCAAAGGCGACUCAGGUCUGCCGGGAGCCGAUGCUGCUUACUGCCCAUGUCCACCACGUAGUAGUCAAGUCACUCGCACAGUCGAUCAUCCACCAGGCUACUAUUUGCACCUUGCUAGAUCUUGA